AUGACAAGUGAAAAACAAGAAAAAAUUGACGAGCAACUUCGUCCAUUGUAUGCCGAAUUACAAAAAUAUGGACAAACACAAGAUUGGGAUCGAGCAUUGAAAACUACACGAAAAAUAUUGGGUAUUUCAAGUAAUGAAAAAAAAGCAACACAUUGUAAGAUAGUCUGUUUAAUGCAACUUGAUAAAUUUGAUGAAGCAUUAACUACAAUUGUUAAAAAUGCAACUGAUACAGCAGAUCUAUUGUUUGAACGUGCUUAUUGUGAAUAUCGUCUUAAUCGUAUUGAAGAUGCUUAUAAUACAUUAAAAAGUAUUGAAAGAGAUUUAAAUGAACGUGAACAAGAACUUUUUGCUCAAGUGCUUUUUAAACUUGAAAAAUACAAUGAAUGUGUUGAAUAUUAUCGUUCAUUACUUAAAAACAAUCAAGAUGAAUAUCAAUCAACACGUCAUGCAAAUUUUAUUGCUGCUUUAGCAACAUGGAAAUUAACAGAUCCUUCAAGCAAAAUUCAAAUGGAAUCAAAUGAUCUAAGUGAUGAAACAUAUGAUACAACAUACAAUUCAGCAUGCGUUCUUCUUAGUUCUGGUCAAUACGUUGAAGCAGAAGUAAAACUUCGAAAGGCUGAUGCUCAAUGUCGACGUGAAUUAGAAGAAGAAGGUGAUAUGACUGAAGAUGAAAUCUUACGUGAAACUGCAAAUAUUCGAGUACAAUUAGCCUAUUGUCUUCAACAACAAGAUAAAAAUGUCGAAGCAUUAACACUCUACAAUGAUGUACUCAAAUCAAAACCAACAGAUUUAGCUGUUAUUGCAGUUGCAUCGAAUAAUUUAGCUGUAUUGAAUCGUGAUCAAAAUUUAUUUGAUUCACGUAAACGUAUCAAAACCGCAACAGCGCCGGAAACUGAACCAAAAUUAAAUGCUUUUCAAAAGAAAAUUGUUCAAGUUAAUGAAGCAUUAUUAGCUAUUUAUACAGGACAGCAUGAAACAGCUCGACGUAUUCUUGAUAAAAUGGUACAAAAAAGUACUGAUACUGAUGACAGUAUUCCAUUAGCAAAAGUAUCAUUAUUAAUGAAAGAAAAAAAAUUACCUGAAGCAACUCAAUUAUUACAAGAAUUUAUUGAAAAUAGUAAACAACAACGCAUAUCACUUUACUGUCGUUUAACAUAUGUUCAACUUCUUCUUUCACAAGGAAAAGUUCAUCAAGCAUGUGAUUAUUUAAAAAAUGAUGAAGAAUUAUUAGUGAAACCGGGAAUUGUAGCAACAUUAGUUACACUUUAUAAUUAUUUAGAAGAUUCAAAAUCUGCUGCACAAGUUCUUAAUGAAGCUGUUGAUCGUUUAUAUAAUCUUGAUCGAACUAAAGGAAAAAAUUCACGUGCACUUGCUUAUUUAAUUAAACAAAAUAUAAUUUAUCAAGAAAAACAAGGCAAUGAAAAACGUGUUACUGAAAUGCUUGAAAUUCUUCAUAAACUUUAUCCAAAUGAUACACAUACAUUAUCAAAAUUAAUUGUUCAUUAUUUAAAAUCAGAUCCUGAACGAGCUAAUUUAUUAGCACAAAAAUUACCAUCAAUUAAACAAUUAGCUGAAGGUAUUGAUGUUGAUAUGCUUGAAUCAAUAUUUGGUAAACGAGUACUCAAAGCAGAAAAAACAAUUGAAAAAGCAAAAGUAGGUGAUUCAGGGUCAACAACAACUACCACAGUAACAAUAAGUACUACAAAACAAAAGAAAAGACGGAAACGAAAAAUUCGUUUACCAAAGAAAUAUGAUCCAUCAUCAAAACCUGAUCCUGAACGUUGGUUACCAUUACGUGAACGUUCAUAUUAUCGUGGUAAAAGAGGAAAACGUGGUAAACAAGCUGCUGUUGGUAAAGGCACGCAAGGUGCAGUUGGGUCUGAUCAAUCAGCUACUACAACAAUAACAACAUCUACAGGGGCUCAAAAAUCUAUGCCCUCAUCAAAACCAACCACAGGUGCAUCGAGUUCAACAUCAACGCAACCAAAACCAAUGCCACCAUCGGGCAAAUCAGCUGCAGCUAAGAGAAAAGGAAAACGUUAA